GAGGCGUUGCUCCUUCAUCCACACGUGUGAACAGGCUAACAGGAUAGGGGUGUUUCUCUGCAGCCACCGUCCGGACAGGGUGUUACCCGGCUCUUGCGUCGAGGCAGGGUUCACGCUCACGCUGAUUCUCUUCCAGGCAAUGAAUCCUUAGCGUGUCGGACGGCUGCCCCCGUUAAUAGGACAAGCGGGAGACCGGGAAGACCAGCUGCAGCCUGUCUGAGUGAGUGACCCCGCCAGAGAUGUGGAGAUAUACGAGCACCAUAGCCUGCGCCUUUCUGCUGUCCCAAUAUGCCGCCGCGCAGAAUAAGAUCUUCGGGGAGACGGAGCCCGUGCGCAUGACCUCGGAAGGUUCCGACUGCCGCUGUAAGUGCGUCAUGCGGCCCCUGAGCCGGGAUGCCUGCAGCCGGCUGCGUAGCGGCAGCGCCCGUCCGGAGGACUUCUACGCGGUGGAGACGGUCAGCUCCGGGUCGGACUGCCGGUGCUCCUGCACUGCUCCGCCGUCUUCGCUCAAUCCCUGUGAGAAUGAAUGGCGGAUGGAGAAGCUGAAGAAGCAGGCGCCUGAACUGCUUAAGCUUCAGUCCAUGGUGGAUCUGCUAGAGGGGACACUGUACAGCAUGGACCUCCUGAAGGUACACUCCUACAUGAACAAGGUGGUCUCUCGCAUGAACGACCUGGAGGAGACCAUCAAGACUAACCUGACCAGAGAGAAUGACUUUGUGAAGGACAGUGUCAUCAAUCUGACCAAUCAGCUGAAGCGUUAUGAAAACUAUUCGGACAUCAUGAUAAGCAUCAAGAAGGAGAUCUCCAGUUUGGGCUUGCAGCUACUGCAGAAGGACACUGCAGGCCAUGACGGCAAAUCCCAGGAGACCACAGCAGGAAACUCCAAGGAGACUGGAAAGUUCUCCAACAAAAAGGUCCCAGCAGUCAAUCCGCCUCCCAAGCCUGCAAAGGAGAAGCCCACAAAACCCAAGAAGGAGCCCGCAAAGGCAGUCAAGCCCAUUAAGCCGGCCGACCCUACGAACAAGACCAAGGUGGCAGGUCAUCAGCCAGGGGUCAUCAGGGGCAUCACCUACUACAAAGCUGGCAGUGUGGGGGACGUCAAACACAGCUCCAGCACCAAAGACGGUUCGGCCAAAGUCCACGUGGCCCAUGACUCCAGAGAGGCUCACUCCGGCGACAGGAGCUCCGAGGCCACUGUGGAGACCACUGAAGCCAGUAAGGCGGUGCCAACCACCACCACCACCACCACCACCCUAGCCACACCGACAACCAGCGGCACCACUGAGUCCGCCACCAUGACCACCACGGCCCGGCCCGAGAGACCAGCGCCAACCAUAGUGUUGGUGCUGGACAACUCCGAUAACAGCAGUUGGGUCGUUCCUAACCGCUCAGUGAAGGACUUGGACUGCGAGGGCACGAUAGCCUCCGUGGAGCCGCCGGAAAAGCAGCACAGCUAUGGGCGCAAUGAAGGAGCCUGGAUGAAGGACCCUGUCGCCAAGGACUCCAAGAUCUAUGUCACCAACUAUUACUAUGGCAACAACCUCGUCGAAUUCCGAAACCUGGAGAAUUUCCAGCAAGGCCGAUGGAGUAACCUGUACAAGCUUCCAUAUAACUGGAUUGGCACUGGUCACGUGGUCUACAACGGUGCUUUCUACUACAACCGGGCCUUCACCAAGAACAUCAUCAAGUACGACCUGAGGAUGCGCUACGUGGCAGCUUGGACUCUGCUGCACGAUGUGGUCUAUGAAGACACCACGCCCUGGAAGUGGCGCGGCCACUCGGACAUCGACUUCGCGGUGGACGAGAGCGGCCUGUGGGUCAUUUACCCAAGCGCUGAUGACGACUACUCUCAACAGGAGGUCAUCGUCAUUAGCAAGCUGGACCCGGGGGACCUGUCAGUGCGGAAGGAGACCACUUGGCGGACGGGCCUGAAGCGAAACUCCUUUGGCAACUGUUUUAUCGUCUGCGGCGUGCUGUACGCCAUCAACGUCUACAAUCAGAAGGAGGGGGUGUUGUCCUACGCGUACGACACGCACACCGACACCGAGGCGGAGCCCGGGCUACCCUUCACCAAUGAGUACUCCUUCACCACACAAAUCGACUACAACCCCAAGGAGAGGGUCCUGUACGCAUGGGACAAUGGGCACCAGCUAACCUAUCGCAUAGUCUUUGUGGGUCACUGACCACCACAUGGGUUCCUGUCCCGCAACUCAAAUCCGUCUGUUCACCAAGCACUUUUUUUAUUCUCUGACUAGUUUUACUUUAUAUGUCUUUAAAUACUGUUGGGUAUCCUUUUUUUGGGGGUCAAGGCAGUAACAAGAACUGUUUGAACUAUGCUACAGCAUGUAACAUGUUCUUGAAUUAAUGUCUUUUUAAAGAGUUUGAUGCUUUGGAUUUGUUAUUUCUUCAGAAAGGCCCUACACUGUUAUACGUUGAUAUGUAGUCAAGAGCGUUAUCAGCCUAAGCAAUCAAGAAACGUCGACAACAAUGGAUCAGUUGAACACAUGCUACAGCAUGCUUUCACAAUGCCAAGCGAGUUACUAUGAGUGAAACAGCCUUAAUGCUUCAAUUUUGCAGAUGAAGUCUAUAACAAACUCAUCGCUUUCGAGUUAAACAAAUAAGUUUGGUUAAAAUGUUUACAAACUGUGGAUCAUGUUUUCAUCACAACAGCUCUUUUUGUUUUAGAAAGCAGUUUAAAAUAAUAGCUUCAUAUAAACAACAACACAUGUGCCUUUAGCUAUUUGCAUCAACUGUAAAUGUCCUCAGAUGCUCAGUGCUACAUCUGGGUGACAAAUAUUUGUACUUUAGUAGACUGACAAGUAGAGGCAUUAAUACUGACUUAGUGGAGAAUCUUGUACACAUAUACACUCAGUGACCACUUUAUUAGACACACCUAACUAGUACAUGGUAGGAUCCACUUUAUUAGGUACACCUAACUAGUACCUGGUAGGACCCUAUUUAUUAGACACACAUAACUAGUACCUGGUAGGACCCACUUUAUUAGACACACCUAGUUAGUAACAGGUAGGUCCCACUUUAUUAGACACACCUAGCUAGUACCUAGUAGGACUCACUUUAUUAGACACACAUAACUAGUACUGGGUAGGACCCACUUUAUUAGACACACAUAAAGUGGAUCCUACCCGGUACUAGUUAUUAGGUACACAUAACUAGUACCGGGUAGGACCCACUUUAUUAGACACACCUAGCUAGUACCGGGUAGGUCCCACUUUAUUAGACACAUCUAGCUAGUACCGGCUAGAACCCCUUUAUUAGACACACCUAGCUAGUACCGGGUAGGUCCCACUUUAUUAGACACACAUAACUAGUACCGGGUAGGUCCCAAUUUAUUAGACACACCUAGUUAGUACCAGGUAGGUCCCACUUUAUUAGACACACCUAGCUAGUACUGUAAAGGGUAGAUUAGUUGUGGGUUCAGAGAUGACUUUACUGCGCACCACUGUUGUACUGAGCUGCUCUUUAUGCACAUCCUAUUAGCUUUACAGGGUCUGGCUGUUCUCCUCUGAGGUCUCCCUUUAACUAGGUGUUUUCAUCCAAAGAUCCUCCCCUGCCUCGAUGGUUCUCUGUACACUCUACACCAGGGCUGCCCAGUCCUGCUCCUGGAGAGAUACCACCCUGCAGAGCUUAGGUACAGCCCUACCUUAACACACCUGAUACAGAUAAUCAGGUCCUUCAGUAUUGCCUCAGUAUUAGAGUCGGCUAUGUUGAAGUUAAGCUGGUUCUCAUACUGAGAUAUAACGGAAGGGCCUGGUUAUCUGAAUCAGGUGUGUUAAGUUAGGGCUGUACCUAAGCUCUGCAGGGUGGUAGCUCUCCAGGAGCAGGACUGGGCAGCCCUGCUCUUGCCUCGCCGGUCCUCAGCGAAUCAGACAGCAUUAAUCUAGGCUCCUGCCUUUUAAAUCACCCUGGGUCUUACACCGCGAGGGAUCCAUGUGCUUCUGCUUAUUGUCCCCAAAAACCAGGAAGGUGGCUGUUUUUGAGGUGCAGGGACCACCAUGUCUCACAGACACAAUAACACCAUGUUCGAAAUGGCAUGAAUCUCAGACAUUCUAAUGCUUAGUCACAGUUCAGGGUAAGCAGCUGGUGUACCUAAUCAUCUGGCCACCAAAAUCAUAUUUUUAUGAAGUUGUUCAUAUAUGUUCCUUCAGAAUCGGUUAGCAAUACUCAAACAUACACGUCAUGGCAGACAUAGUAAUCAUUAUAUAUAUAUGGUUGCACAUUACAAUUGAUUUCUGGCAAAUUGUAUUUUAUUCUCAAAAUGUCUUAUUUUGUAAAAUAGUGUCUGUAAAUAACUUGUCAUUUGUUGGUAUGGUUUUUACUAAAACAUGUGUAACUCUAACAAUUACUUUCUAAAACUCCCACAUGUCCUAUACUGAAUUGUUUCAUUCAGCAAUUAACUGACAUAAAUUGUCAUUUAAAUUCUCGGCACCAGAUAUUACCUGAAGCUAUUAGCUACGUAUUUUCUACACAUAACUGACAGAAAUAAUGUAUAUUUUACUUCUUGUUUUCACAAGACAUUGAAUUUUGCUACAAUUGAGAAAUGUUCAUGUUCUUUCCUAGGUUCAUAUUCUGUGUUUUGUGUUUUUGUAAAAUAUCUGGCUUGUAGGCGCCUGAAGACACUCUGGAUGUCUUGAGAAUAAAUGUAAAGAUUAAAGAUAA